GAGAGCGAGGGGGGCCAGAGCCCGAGACCGACCCGGCGGCUGGAGGCUGCUGCGCGCGCCCGGAGCCAUGAAGACCCCGUCGGACUCAGGUUUCGCCUUCCCCGACUGGGCCUACAAGCCCGAGUCGAGUCCCGGCUCGCGGCAGAUCCAACUGUGGCAUUUCAUCCUGGAGCUGUUGCGCAAAGAGGAGUACCACGACGUCAUUGCCUGGCAGGGGGAUUACGGGGAGUUUGUCAUCAAGGAUCCGGACGAGGUGGCCCGGCUCUGGGGGGUGCGGAAAUGCAAGCCCCAAAUGAACUAUGACAAGCUGAGCAGAGCUCUGAGGUACUACUACAACAAGCGGAUCCUGCAUAAAACCAAGGGCAAGCGCUUCACCUACAAAUUCAACUUCAACAAGUUGGUCCUGGUCAACUAUCCCUUCAUUGACAUGGGCAUGGGAGGUGGGGCAGUGCCCCAGAGUGCCCCGCCGGUGCCCUCAGGCGGCUCCCACUUCCGUUUCCCACCCUCCACGCCAUCUGACGUGCUGUCCCCCGCGGAGGACCUGCGCUCGCCUGGCGUCUUCUCGGCUGUGGCUCGCCGCUUGGCCCGGGGCUCGGUCAGUGACUGCAGCGACGGCACGUCAGCUAACUCGGAAGUGGAGGAGUCCUUGGCCGAGGACCAGAGGCGCAGUGGAGGGGAGGCGGGUGGUUUCCGUGGCCCCCCGGUGCCGGGGCACCCCCGCUUGACCCAUGAUAGCAUCUUCAGGGUUUAUCCUCGCCCACGAGUUCCCGAGCCCCUCAGUCCUUUCCCUGUGUCCCCCAUGGCCGGACCUGCUGGCCUUCUGCCCCCUCAGUUGUCCCCCGCUCUCCCCCUCACCCCCACGCACAUGAACUACACUCCCUCGCCCACCCUCAGCCCCAUGUAUCCCGGGGGCUCCCAUUUCUCCUUUAAUCCAGAGGACAUGAAGCGCUAUCUUCAAGCCCACACCCAGAGCGUCUAUAACUACCACCUCAGCCCUAGAGCUUUCCUACACUACCCCAACAUUGUGAUCCCCCAACCCCAACGCCUCGAGAAGCCCCCGCUCCCUCCGCCGCCCCCACAGGCCGAGGAGCCGCCGACCUCUUUCAAGUUCAAGUUGCAACCGCCGCCACUGGGGCGCCGCAACCGGGAGAAGCAGCAGCCCCCGAGCGUGCCUCCCGGAGAAUCCGGGAGUGCGCUCCCCUCGUCAUCCUCCUCUGCCUCCACGGCUGAACCGCCCCUCCUGCCCCAAAUCAAGGUGGAGCCCAUCUCCGAGGGCGAGUCGGAAGAAGAUCUCACCGUGGAGGUGACCGACAUCAGCGAGGAGGAAGACGACGACGAGGAGGUCUUCAAGGCUCCUCCCACCCCCUUGGAGAAGGUUGGGGCCGAGGAGGAGAUGCAGCCCGCGGCUCCCCCUAUUGCCCGGGCUGGGGAAAGCGGGAAGUGCAUCCCCCUUAAACUACGAUUCAAGCGCCGUUGGAGCGAGGAUCAGCGGCUGGAAGCUGGCGCAGCGGCCGAGGAGACGGAUGACAAGAAGGUGAAGGCGGAAGGUGAUGUCGGCAGUCACAGAGACGGGGAGGGCGGGCGGCGGAUCAGCACGGAGCUUCAGCGGGCUACUGCCGAACUUACACUUGAGAACCGGGACUCCUAGAGCUGGGAUGCAUGGCCCCCCUCCUUCCCAGGACAGACAGACUUACGGAUAGGGGGCUGGUUUUGCUGCCUUAACUCAGAGAUUAUCUUUUUACCGUUGUCAUUUCCCCCUUUUCUUCCUUGAAACUCUGUACAUUUUUAUUUUAUUUUGCCUCCCUCGGAAGCCUGAAAAAAAUCGGGGGUAGGGAUAAUAUUGAACAGUUUUUACUUGUCUAUAUACAUAUAAAUAUAUAUAAAUAUAAAGAAACCUCUUGGCGGGGAUGGGGGGGGGAUUUCUAAAAUAUUAAUAUGCUGGGGCAACUUUACUCUUAGCGGUUCUCUUUCCUGUUGAACCCCUCGAUCCUUUAAGGUAUAGAGCAGGGGUCUGCAACCUGUGGCUCUCCAGACGUUCGUGCACUACAAUUCCCAUCAGCCCCUGCCAGCACGGCCUGAUGGGAAUUGCGGUCUCAGGAAUUUAUCUGAAUAUGCUACACAGGUUACAGAACCCUAAUAUAAGCUCGGGCAUUCUUUUUUUAAAAGGAAAGACAAAAUUAAGGAGUAUUUUAAAUAAAUAAAUAUAUAUAUAUAUAUAUAUUGCUUUUUUGCCUUCAUAGGGCCUUGUGCGGGUUGUCCUAUUUUGGGGAGAGGGGGAGCGUCUUAUGAAAGCCACCUUCCAAGGAAAUGUCCUUUCUCUCCUCUUCCCCCCCCCUCCCCCACUAUUGACAUACUAAGCACAAUAUGCUUUUUAAUCCCCAAUGGGUUGAAAAGAAUUUUAGCCAUAUAUAAUCUCCCAUUUUCAUCUCACCCACCUGUCCAAACAGGACCUGUUGAAACGGAGCGGAGGUAACCGAGGGCCGCUUCCGUGAACCGCAGGAGCGGCUGUCGGGCUUUUAAAAGCAGAGUCGCCAUCCCGCAUUUUCUGCCCCUCCCCCGCCCCAGAAAUUCGGGAGGAGGGUGUUAUUACCUCUUAAGCACCCUGCCCCUCUGCAUGAAUAGUAACUUGGCAUGUUUGUAGAACUUUGUAAUUGAGAACAGUGGCAGAGGAAAAAGGGAUAAUCCUGUGUUCCUGCAUGGCAGGGGGUUGGACUGGAUGGCCCUUGUGGUCUCGUCCAACUCUAUCAUUCUACGGGAUUCCCCUCCCCUUCCAAAAGAUACCCCUUCAUUACCAUUGCUUUACUUAACCAAAAAAUGUGGGUUUGGGUAUAGUGUGGCCCCCUUCUGGCCUAUCCCACUGUUGGGUUGGGGAGGGAGGGAUUUUUUAUGGGAUUUUUUAAAGUGCCUGUUUAAAGUAGUUUCCAAGAGAACCUGACCAGGGAGUGGGCACUCCAUUUUCUUACCCCCGAGCUUUCCACCCCUGACGUCCCGCAAAACCCUUUCUCACCCCAAGGCACCAAUUCACUUGUUUUAAUCCAGUUUUCCCUGCAUCAGGAAGUAAAGGCCUUCAGUUGCAAGAGAGCAGCCAGUUGGCUGUUCUGUGGGGGUGACGGUGCCUUGGAGAAAAGCGAAACGGGGAUUUCCCCUGACGCACACCUUUCCUGCUUCCUUCCUGGUGCCCCAAACCAGGAAGGCAGAGAUGACUUUGUUUUCAGGAACUGAGCAAGAAAAGAGAUUUUCCAGAUUCCCCUUUCCCCCCCUCUUUUUGCCCUGGCCAAAACCCCGCAAAGUGGGUUUUGGAAGGUCCUUAAAACACGGUGGGCUGGACCCAGAUUGGCACCUGCUUUUUGUGGGGUGAAGAACAAUGCGCUUGAGGGGUGUUUUUUUUUUAUAUAUACAGCCUUAUUCAGAGUCUUGUACAUAUCAAGGAAAUGGGGGUGUCUUCAUUUUAAGAAUGUAAAACAAAGAAACAAAAAAAAUAACGAAUAAAGGGUUUUGAAAUUUCA